AUGCAGUUCCGUGCUUACACCGACCCUCUUAACGCCAACCUGUCGAACUCGAUGAACCCACCUUCGAUUCCACCGCCACCACCACCUCCUCCCCCGCUCAACAUCCCUCCUUCUCGUGCGCGUCUCCAACUUGCUGCCAGGCUAGCUAUGAACAAGCGCAACGCUGAGGCUGCAGCGAAUGGCGGACAAGAUGGCGGCUCGGCUCAGGCUGACAACUCCACCGGUACUGGUACAUUUAGCCUGCCAAAUGAAUCUGCUAGCGAUCGUCUGCGGAACCCUUUUGAAGAUGAGGACGAAGACGAGGAUGAGGAAAACGAUGGUAAUGGGUCCGGCAGCGAUGAUGGAGACAUGGAUAACACGGCUCAUAAUGGCAUGGGAGGCAGUGCGUGGAAUCGUGGGUCCUGGUGGCGUGGUAUGGUUCCUGGUGGGCAGAAGAACAAGGGCAGGGAUGAUAACCAGGAUGCGGAGAGAUUCGGGGAUGGACGCGAUAGUGAAUCUGACGAUGGAGGUGAUGGAGGUGAGGUGGUGGAUGAUAUCGAUGACGAAGAGUUUGGAGACUUUGCCAUGCCCGAGGUUGAAGGCAACGGUCAAGAUUCGGAACCUUCUCCCGGUUCGGGUGGUAUGGUCUCUGGCAUCGAUCCUGCGCGGGAGAAGAUCUUGGUCAAGCCACUCCCUGUCCAUCCCAGCAAAAGCGGUAGUCCGUUCGGUAACCUGUGGCCUUUCUCUACUCCUGGAUUCGGAAAGAAGGAUGAGAAGGAGGCUAUGGCGUCUUCGCCGGGCGAGCAGGAACCUGAGGAGCUGGACGCUAUGAUGGAGGAUCUGGUUAUUGGCGAGGACGGCAAGAAGAUCAACCGAGCGGUAGAGGCAAAGAGGAGGACAAGUAUCGAGGAUCCCGAUGACGAUGACGCGGAGGAGAUCUUUGUCAGCAGGCCAGCAGGAGCACGCUGA